CGGGCGGGCGGCCGAGUGCUUGCGUGUGGGUUGGUUUUACGGUUUUUUGUGCAGCUGGCCGGCCCGGGGCACGUCGGUCGGGCCGUUAUGGCACACGAAUCCUAUUCUAAGAACUCCGGCACUCAGGUAUCCACCAUGGUGUUGGGUCCUGAACAGAAGAUGCCAGAUGAUGAUGCUUCUGGAGACCAUGGGGACUCUGCCAGUCUUGGUGCCAUCAACUCUGCCUAUAGUAACUCCUCUCUUCCUCAGUCUACUGGGCACUCAGAGGAACCCUUCACCACCUACUUUGAUGAGAAAAUCGCCAUUCCUGAGGAGGAGUACUCUUGUUUUAGCUUUCGUAAACUCUGGGCUUUCACGGGACCAGGCUUUCUUAUGAGCAUUGCCUACCUGGAUCCAGGAAACAUCGAAUCCGAUUUGCAGUCUGGAGCAGUGGCUGGAUUUAAGUUGCUCUGGAUUCUUCUGUUGGCCACCAUUGUGGGGCUUCUGCUCCAGCGCCUUGCAGCUAGACUGGGAGUGGUUACUGGCCUGCAUCUUGCUGAAGUGUGUCAUCGUCAGUAUCCCAGGGUCCCACGAAUUAUCCUGUGGCUGAUGGUGGAGUUGGCUAUCAUUGGCUCAGAUAUGCAAGAAGUUAUUGGCUCAGCCAUUGCCAUCAAUCUCUUGUCUAUGGGAAGGGUUCCUCUCUGGGGUGGAGUUCUCAUCACCAUUGCAGAUACCUUUGUAUUUCUCUUUUUGGACAAAUAUGGCUUGCGGAAGCUAGAAGCAUUUUUUGGCUUUCUUAUCACUGUUAUGGCCCUCACAUUUGGAUAUGAGUAUAUUACAGUGAGACCCAGCCAGAGCCAGGUACUCAAGGGCAUGUUCGUGCCGGGCUGUUCAGGCUGUCGCACCCCACAGAUUGAGCAGGCUGUGGGCAUCGUGGGAGCUGUCAUCAUGCCACACAACAUGUACUUGCAUUCUGCUUUAGUCAAGUCCAGACAGAUAAACCGAGCCAAUAAGCGGGAAAUUCGAGAAGCCAAUAAGUACUUUUUCAUUGAAUCCUGUAUUGCUCUCUUUGUUUCCUUCAUCAUCAACGUCUUUGUUGUCUCAGUAUUUGCUGAAGCAUUUUUUGAGAAAACCAAUGAGCAAGUGGUUGAAGUGUGUAGAAACAGCAGCAGUCCCCAUACUCACCUUUUUCCUAACGAUAACACAACACUGGCUGUGGACAUCUACAAAGGGGGUGUUGUGCUGGGAUGUUAUUUUGGGCCUGCCACACUCUACAUCUGGGCAGUGGGCAUCUUGGCUGCAGGACAGAGCUCCACCAUGACAGGAACCUAUUCUGGCCAGUUUGUCAUGGAGGGAUUCCUGAACCUAAAAUGGUCACGUUUUGCCCGAGUGAUUCUGACCCGCUCUAUUGCCAUCAUCCCUACUCUGCUUGUUGCCAUCUUCCAAGAUGUAGAGCAUCUAACAGGGAUGAAUGACUUCCUGAAUGUUCUGCAGAGCUUACAGCUUCCCUUUGCUCUCAUACCCAUUCUCACGCUUACAAGCUUGCGGCCAGUAAUGAAUGACUUUGCUAAUGGAAUAGGCUGGAGGAUUGCAGGCGGGAUCUUGGUCCUUAUUGUCUGUUCCAUCAACAUGUACUUUGUCGUGGUUUAUGUCCAGGAACUAGGCCAUGUGGCAUUGUAUGUGGUGGCGGCUGUUAUCAGUGUGGCUUAUCUGAGCUUUGUGUUUUACUUGAGUUGGCAAUGUAUGAUUGCACUGGGCAUGUCCUUCCUGGACUGUGGGCACACGUACCAUCUGGGAUUGACAGCUCAGCCUGAACUCUACCUUCUGAACACCGUGGAUGCUGACUCACUUGUGUCUAGAUGAGUGACAGCCUGAGAGACUGUAUAAGAACCACUUUGUCUUAGUCCUUUUGUGCCAAGUGUCCUGUUAACAUAUCUCUGUUUGUUCAGAGGUGAGUUUUGUUCAAAUGUUUUGAACAAAAGCCAAGAUUUCCUCAUGGGAAGAGUCUUAAAAGCUGACAGCUCUAAGUGUAGGUCAGAGACCCACCCACCUCACAACAGUCCUACAACAGCCAGAGUUAAAUGUUUGGCCUGUGAUGGCCACACACCCCCAUGGGCUUGUGUCUUGACUUCUGGAAUUUAUAAAAUAUAUAUGUAUAUAUAUUUAUAUAAACCUGAACAUAUCAGUUUGGGUAGAGUUUUAAGGUUAUAUAAAUUUGAUAGAUCUUUUGUAUUUUUAAAAAACAUUUUAGAUAAAUCAGAUAUUAGUUUUGUCUAGAUCACAAGUGAGAAAAGAAAGGGAAUCGUGCUCUUUUUCAGAAUGAACUGGUCAAACUGACUUACCUUUUAAAGUGAUGGUUGAUUAUGGCCAGUUAAAUUUCACUUCGAUUUUGAAUGACCAGACUCUUAGUAACUACUGAUACUAGCAGAUCUUUCUAAAGAAAACAUUUCUUCUAUUCGGCAAUUAUAUUUAAUCUUGGUUACCGGUGUGCUUUGUAAUUAUUCUCUUUGUUGUUGCUUUUCUUGAAUUUUUCAGAGAUAUGAUGGCAUUUUCCAAAGAGCUUAAUAAUACCUAGUAACAAGAUCCAGAAAAUAUACUUUAGCCAAUGAUCAGUUUUCCAUGCUGCAUUGUAACUCAGCCCCUUCUAGCAUUCAAAUUUUAGGUAUAAAAAGAAGAAACUUCCAGCAUUUAACUUUGUAAGUCCCAACAGAAGAUAAUAGAGGUAUUAGUUUUCUUCCUAAUGUUCGUAUAGUCCUAUCAUGUCUUUUCUUCUCACUUUUCCCAUUAACACCCCAAACACCAUUUCUAGGUCCAAAGUCUGUUUCCAGGAGUGGCUAAUAUUUCUAAUGUUGACUUAGAGGGAAUGCUAAGCAUUUUAUUUUAAGAUACUUAUGCCAAGUAGCAUGAGAUUAGAACCAGACUGUGACUUGGAAGAUUAGUCCAUAUGUCACAAACUUCCUGCCUACAUAUGGGUUAUAGAUUUUUUUUUUUGACCCCUCUGUGUAGCCAGGAUUUUUUUCUUUAAAAUUUUUAUAAUAAAAAACAAUAUUUAAAAAUGGAAAGUUUUUGCAUAAUUAUCUGAUCAAAAAGUCAGAAGAUUUUCAACACUGGACUCACAUUCCUGCAUAAAAGUGCAGUUGACUGGAAUUGAAUGGCAGCUAUCCAUUUGUAAUAGAAUAUACUCCAGGGUGGCAUACACCCCACUUCACUCAUUUCCUUCCAUUCCCAAAGGCAGUGAGUUUGCAAACCCUGUAGCCUUUGUAUAACUUUGAGCAUCAUUUUCCUCUUUCAGCAUAAAAGUUAAAUAUCUGACCUCUGCCUUAUUUUAAAACUUAGUACCUUUCAAUAAGACUUAAAAAAAAAAAAAAAACAGACAUUGCUUAUUUUCAUUUUUAAUGACUUGGCCCUCUAAGUGGCAGGGAUUGUUCUAAGAUGAUACUUUAAAAUUCUCUCAUUUCUACUUCAGGGGCCUUUGAAACUUCUGAUAAGAGCAGCAGCCUUGCAGCAACCCAGGUUACAAGUCCUUCUGAUCUUAAAAUGAAACUGAAUUAACAUCACUUAUUGGCUGUCACUUGAAAAAGAGCCUUUUAGAAUGAGUUUCAGUGUUUUGAUUUUUUUAUACACAGACAGCAACUCUAGAUGAAUCAAUUUGUUGGAUUUUCCUCCUUCCCUGGGCAAUUUAAUUUCUCAGUAGUUUCAUUACCAGAAAAUGUUUGGGGAAAGAAAAAAAAGGCAAAAAAUAUCCUGUUUUGCAACUCAUAAAAAGGUGAGGUAGAUGGUUAUACAGAGAUUAAGUACCUUGGGGAUUUCUGUAGCUCUUCUCCCUUCUUCAACUGUAUGUUACUAGGAACAGACUAGAGUUUACAAAGAUUUAUAUAUAAGUAUACCUCUCAGGUUAUACAACUCCUGUAAUCAGAAAAUUUGAUAAUAAAGCAAAGUGAAUCAUGCUAAAACCAGUAGAGGAGAUUGAUGUCUAAA